CCGCUGCAACGCACGAUGCGCAGAUUAUUAUCCUUGGUGCUCUUAAUUCACUCUCAAGUCGAGAGAUGAUCUCGUAUGAGACGCACGAGACCACCUCACACGUCCUCACGCCCGAAGGUGCCUCUAUAGCUCUGAAUGGGUCCCAUGAAGCACGAGUGUGGGCCGCUGUACCGGUCAAAGGGGAAGGCAGUCCGAUGACACCGAAGGAGCUCGAGGCGAAGAUUGGAAGUGAUAUUGCAAAGAUCGGACAGGGUCGCGCUUUUAAGAACAAAUGGAUAGGCAAGGAGGGCGACAGUCUGGUCAAGCUCGCUGCGCAAAUAGAUGAUGUGACUCAGAAGGAGAUGCGCGAGGUUGACUCUACCGGGACCUUGAAAGGAGGAGAGAAGGCUCUCGCAGAGCUCAGGAAGCGCAAGCUUAUCGUGCAAAAGAAAGGACAGUGGUUCACCGUGCACAGAGGACCUAAUUUCAGCACAUCGACAGCAAAGCCUGAGACGGAUCUUACGAUGGAGAUGCUCACGACAGGUGCAUGGAAGACCUCUACCUUCAAGAGGUACAAUUUUGAAGCCGAAGGUAUCCCGACAAACGGCGGUGCGCUCCAUCCUCUCCUCAAGGUGCGCGAGGAGAUCCGGAAUAUCUUCUUGGAGAUGGGCUUCGCCGAAAUGCCAACAGGAAACUUCGUCGAUUCUGGCUUCUGGUGCUUCGAUGCCCUCUUCGUACCUCAACAGCACCCUGCACGAGAGCUGCAGGACACCUUCUACUUAUCAGAUCCCGUCAAGUCACUCCCGCCACCCGCCGACUACUACAAAUGUGUAUCCCGAGUCCAUGAGCGUGGCGAUUUCGGGUCUACUGGUUACAAAGCCCCUUGGUCAGACGAGGAGUCUCGUAGGCUCCUAUUGCGGACGCACACCACGGCGUCAUCCGCCGCAAUGCUCUAUAAGCUUGCUGCGCGGUUCAGAGGUGAGGACGAGGACGAGGACGCGCUCACUGCACAUUCCGGCACCACUCGCAAAGGCAGGGACGCGGGCAAGGGCGAUGACUUUCGGCCGGCGAAAUUGUUCAGCAUCGACCGUGUCUUCCGUAAUGAGACUAUGGAUGCGACACACUUGGCCGAAUUCCAUCAAGUGGAGGGUGUCGUUGCCGACCGUAACUUGACACUGGCGGAUCUUAUUGGCUUCAUGCGCGUCUUCUUCAAGAAAAUGGGGAUCGAGAACAUCCGUUUCAAGCCUGCUUACAACCCGUACACGGAGCCGUCACUAGAGAUCUUUGCCUUCCAUCCGCUACUUAAAAAGUGGGUCGAAGUCGGCAACAGUGGAAUGUUCCGCCCAGAGUUUUUGCAGCCCAUGGGCUUCCCUCCGGAUAUCCAUGUCCACGGCUGGGGCAUUGGUCUCGAGCGGCCAACGAUGAUUCGGUACGGUAUCACCAAUAUUCGUUCCCUGGUUGGACACAAGGUACCUAUCGAGAGUGUAGAGGAGUCGCCAGCAGUCAGAUUCUAGAGUAUAUCAAGAUGUCAUGUACAUUAGAAAGCCAUAAACGCAUUGCUUCUCGUCAU